GCUUCAACUUAACAAGGCCUAAAUUACUGUCUCUAGGCCUAAUAUAGACAAUGAGGGAUUCACAGCAACUGCUCCAUGAGGUAUCUGACUAAAAAGCCAGAUUUGUACCUGGGAGUCAUAAAGUAUUUAGAUUUAUAUUUUGAUAUAUUUGUUUUUCUGGAUUCUAAAAUCCUGUAUAACUAUAGCUUUUUCAUAAAGGCAUGUUUUUGCAGUUUUUGGUCAAGUACAUAGAAGGACUUGGAUUUUUUUCUUCCUUGAUACCCUUAUAAUAGAUAUUUUUAUAUUACAAAAACUGUGGAAUUUCUUAAAGGAAGCAGCUUUUCACAAGUCAACAUGAUGCUGAAGUUGCAGAUCAGUUUGGCAUGCUUAUACCUGCUCUGCUGGCUCUGCUUGACUGAGUCCCGGCAGCUGAAGUUUGUUGUUGCUGUGUUUCGACAUGGCGAUCGAUCGCCUAUUGAGUCAUACCCCAGGGAUCCACAUGGGGAGGAAGUGUGGGCUCAGGGCUUUGGCCAGCUUACUGAGCUGGGCAUGAAACAGCAGUUUGAACUGGGGAGAUAUCUACGCAGGCGCUAUGGAAACCUUCUCGGUGAGGACUACAACAACAAAGAGUUGUACGUCCGGAGCACUGACUACGACCGCACUCUGAUGAGCGCCCAGGCCUGCCUUGCUGGGAUGUUCCCCCCCACCAGACGCCCGCCUCCCAUCAUGCCCCAGUUACUGUGGCGGCCAAUUCCAGUGCACACCGUUCCCAGGGCGCAGGAUAAGCUGUUGAAGUCUCCAGGCAAAGACUGCCCUCGGUUCAGAGCUUUGAUGACGGAGACCUUUGAGAGCGCUCCCUAUCAGAGGUUCCUCCGUACUCACCAGAACUUUGUGGAACGGCUUUCCAACCACACUGGCUACCCCGUACCCAGACUGGUUGGGAAAAAAAUCUGGAGGGUUUACGACACCCUCACCUGUCAGAGGAUCCAUAACUUGACUCUCCCUCGUUGGGCCACCAAUGACGUCCUGGAUACCCUGAAGAGGAUAGCAUCCUUUGAGGUCACGUACAGCAUUCUCAGUCACAGGCGGAAAGAGAAGGCCAGGCUCUCAGGAGGGGUGUUGCUAAACGCCAUCCUGAGGAAUUUCUCCAGUGCUUUGGAGCAAGGCAACAAGCUCAAAUUCAUCAUGUACUCAGCUCAUGACUCCACACUCAUCACCCUCCAGGCAGCUCUGGACAUCUACAACGGGCUCCUUCCUCCCUACGCUGCCUGUCAACUCUUUGAGUUCUACCAGGAGUAUGAUGGAUCCUAUUCAGUGGAGCUACAUUACCGUAAUGAAUCCUCAUCCGACCCCUACCCCAACCCCGUGCCGGGAUGCAAUGGAUUGAACCCCUGCCCUUUGUCCACCUUCACCGAACUGGUGCGGGACGUGAUGCCGGACGAAUGGGAGGUCGAAUGUGGCAUGAGGAGAAGGUGGUCAAGCACAGGCAUCAUUACAUCUCUUGCAGUAGCAGUGGGUCUCCUGGCCGUGGCGCUGUUGUUCACUAUAGGGGUGGCAGUCCACAGGCGGAGACCAUCCUACUCCAGGGAUGUGUAGGAAACAGAACCACCAAAUAUAUGGCCAAAAUAAAAGAAUGCUCUCAAACUGUGAUUUCUGCUCUGAUAACUUUGAAUUUGUCAAACUGCAAUUUUAAGACCUUGUUUUUCUCUCA